AUGCUCCUCGGAGUGCUUCUGGUUUUUUGGAUCUCCGGCAGUGCUGGCCAGCAGGAGGAUGUUGGUCCCUUGGUUUGUGUCACCGAUGGCUGUUUGAGGGGAAAACUGCUUGAGGAUCUUGGGGGAAAAAAGUUUCAAGCGUUUCUGGGAAUUCCGUACGCUAAGGCACCGGUGGGGGAGUUGAGGUUCCGGAAUCCGGAGCCUGUGAAUCCGUGGAGUGGGGAAUAUAAUGCCACUUAUGAAAGGUGUAGAUGUGUACAGAAGAAUGAUCUCUAUCCGAAUCAACCCGUUGAGGGUCAGGAAGAUUGUCUCUAUAUGAAUGUGUUUGUACCGGAAGAGAGGAAAAAUCCCGAGAGACCCCUGGCUGUGCUUGUUUACAUUCAUGGAGGUGGUUACUUCGGAGGAUCGGCCUCGAUGGGUGAAUAUGGUCCGGAACGGUUGAUGAACACAGGGGAGGUGAUCUUGGUGGUGAUGCAGUAUAGGUUAGGGGUGUUUGGGUUCCUUUCAACGGGUGAUCGUGCGGCUCCCGGAAAUUUUGGAUUGAAAGAUCAAGUUGCAGUUCUACGGUGGGUCAACAGGAACAUCAAUCGUUUCGGGGGCGAUCCUGGUCUGGUAACUCUCAUCGGUCAAAACGCUGGGGGUGCUGCAGUUCAAAUGCAUAUGAUGAGUUCUCUGAGUAGGGGACUAUUUUCUCGAGCAAUCAGCAUGAGUGGAAAUGCAGUUGCGUUCUGGAAUCAGCCUGAGGAAAAUCCCCUCGAAAUAGCUCGCGAUCAAGCGGAAGCCCUUGGAAUAGCUGCGGCUCGUAACCUUUCGUCGGAAGAACUUGUUCGAGCUCUUCGGGCUGUUGAUGCCCAAGAGCUUUGCAGAAGCAUCGACAUUAUGAAGUUUUGGCAUGUGUUUCCAUUGACUCGAUAUCGACCUGUUGUUGAGACGUUCAUCCGCAACGAAUCGUUCAUUAGUGAAGAUCCACGCGAGUUGUGGUCUAGAGGUGAUUACGCGAAGAUACCCUGGAUGACCGGCUACGUUCAAAAUGAGGGUGCUCUUGUAUCGCUGGGAAUCCUAACGAACUUCACCUUGCUUGAACAACUCAACGAAUUCUCCAACUUUAUCUUCCCACGAUUGGUUGGCGCUAAAGAUACAGCAAAGACGCACCGGAUGCUGAGGGAUCGAUUUUUCCCUGGAGGCUCUUCCAGCUUGUGGCUUGAUGCGAAUAAUUUUCGAAGGAUUGAAGAUCUCUUCUCCGAAGCCAUGACGAUGUAUCCCCUUGCCUUGGCGAUCGAACAGCAUGCAGCCUUGCAAAACGGAUCUAAGACCCCGAUCUCGUUGUACUAUUUUGCGUUUCGAGCUAACCAUUCAUAUUCACAGCUGUACAGCGGAAUCGACUACGACUUUGGAGUUUGUCAUGGAGACGAGCUGACGUACCUGUUCCGACCGAAGACUUUGUUUCAAGAUUUCAAACCGGAAUCACCGGAAGCCUCAAUGGCCCGAAUGUUGGUGAACUACUUCGUCAGAUUCGCUUACGAUGGAGUCGACGAUACCAUGAGGUGUGCCGAUCAUGAGUGCCGGGUAAUGGAGUUUUUGGGCUCCGGAUCGGAUUCGAGGCGUCCUCCGGGAAUGAUGUUGGGAUACGGAUUUGACGAGACGAUGGUGGAAUUUUGGAGGGAGCUGUACAAUCAGUAGU